ACGGGAUCGAUCACACCACUUACAGAUGUUAGAAGCACGAGAUCGAAAUAUCAGACUAGAGAAUUUUAGGGGGGAUGUAUCUAAUAUGAUGGUAAAGACCAUCAAAAUUACCAGUGAACUACUUAUGUGAACCCGACGUCAGAAAUGCUGCAUCCCCGGCGCAGUGCCCAGGAUGUCCUACUGUGUGACUCCUGUCAAAUUGUCCCCUUACAGAGCCACUGCGAACUUUGUAAUAUAAACAUUUGUACUAACUGUGUAGGAAAACACCUUUUGGAUUCGUCUAGAAAACACCGAGUCAUUCCGUUCAAAGAGAAAAGUUCUAACCCUAACUACUCAGAAUGUCCGAAACAUGCUAACAAACACUGUGAACUUUACUGCGAGGAAUGUGACGUUCCUGUCUGUUCUACCUGCGUCUUAGAUGAACAUAGAGGGCAUAUCUUAUGCGAUGUUUUGAAAAACGUCAGUUCUAAAACAGAAGUCAUACAAAACGAUUUGGAAGAACUAGAGUGCAGAAUUUAUCCUCUAUUUGAACAAAUGGCCUCUGGUGUCCAGACUGAAAAAAAUGAGAUAAAAAUCAAUUACGGAAAACUUACAACAGCUACCGACCAACAAGGAGAAAUCUGGCACCGAGAGAUCACCACCAUUGUCAACCAACGAAAAGCUUACAUUGUGGAGAUGGAAACUAAACAUAUGGCUGCCUUAGAUAAAAGCACAGAUGAAAUCACACACGUUUUUACAGAACUUAAACAAAUUAUUCUAAACCUGAAGGCACUAUUAGAAUCCAAUGAUAUCUCUCUAAUCUCUACCUACGAAUCUAGGAAUAACGAGUUCAGAAAAUUGCCUCAUAAAGUCCGAGUUACAUUACCAAGUUUCUCUCCUCAGAUAAUAAACACAGACCAGCUCCGUGAAAUGUUUGGUUGUCUGUCAUCAUUAUCUAUUAAUAAAGAAGAACAUGACUACACAAUGAAGUCAGCAGAAGCUGUAUCAUCUCAUCCAGUCAAACCAAUGAAGUCACGAGAAGCUGUAUCGUCUCCUCUGGUCAAACCAAUGCAGUCACCAGAAGCUGUAUCAUCUCUUCCAGUCAAACUAAUAAAGUCUCCAGAAGCUGUUACGCCUGUUCCAGUUAACCCACUGCUUGAUGAACCGCGAGUUACUGCCACCAUUGACAUUGGGUAUGAAGUUCUAACACCAGUACGCAAUGUUAGCUGUCUCAGUGAAAAUGAAGUCUGGAUAUGUGGGAAUAACAACUGCAUGAAGCUCCUCGACCUUCAGGGUAAACUACUGACAUCAAUACGAACCAAGUCAGGGUACUGGCCAUGGGACAUAACAGUGACACGGGACGGAGAUGUUCUUUAUACUGACCCUUAUAAUAAAACUGUAAACUUAGUGAAAAAUAAACAGAUACAGAGCGUGAUCACGCUACAGGGAUGGAGACCUCGGAAUGUCUGCAUUACCUCCUCCGAUGAUCUCCUUGUUACCAUGGACAGCGAUGAUGGAAAACAAUCCAAAGUUAUUCGUUACUCUGGCUCCACAGAUACACAAACCAUUCAGUUUGAUGAUAAGGGUCGUCCUCUCUAUUCACCUGAGCGCUAUAGUAGCAAUAAAUACAUAAGUGAGAACAGGAACCUGGAUAUCUGUGUGUCUGACUGGAAAGCUGGAGCAGUAGUGGUGGUCAAUCAACGCAUGCGCAAAGGUGGUAAACAGUACAGCUUGUCGUCCAGUGAGAGAGAAUGUAGUGGAUAG